AUGACGGCGAAUCCCUCGCUUCAUGCCGAACGCAGGCAGUUGAUCUGGCACCGCGUCUACAAAGAACUGCUCAAGCACGCGAAGCCAGAUUCUCGCUUCCACAACGACUUCCUCUCGUUUACCCCCGAUUUCCGCGGUUCGUCAUAUGCCGUUGACCGCCUGGUCCAAUUGCCAUGUUAUCAAGCAGCUACCACUAUCCUGGCCACGCCGGAUGGAAGCCUGGAAGAGCUGAGGUACCGAGCACUCAAGGACGGGAAGAAGGUGCUCGUAGGGACGUAUAGGCUACGCAGAGGAUUUGUGCUGCUUAGCCCGCUGAGAAUCGGAGAGGCAGACCUACAAGCGGCGAGCUGGUUAGACGGCAUGGAGAGACCUGGAAUCGGACGCCAUCUGUCUCUCGCGCAGCUACAGGAAGAAGGCAUCAAGGUGGAUCUCUGCGUCCUUGGUGGUCUUGCUUUCAACACGCAGGGUGUAGUGGUCUGGGAGGGCCAAGGGCUUUUCGAAGUACAAUGGGCGCUUCUGCACGAUAUAAAAGUCAUACAGGAGCAGGUACCCGUUGUCGCCAUCGCACACUCGUGCCAGGUUGUCGACGAGGCUGAUUUAGGCCUCGAGCGAUUCAAGCCCGAGAAGGCUGCCGAAGUGCAGUGCGACUAUAUUGCUACGCCUGAGAAGGUCUUUGAGAUACAAGAAGCGGUAAAGCCAUCUUCAGGCGUCGACUUUGACGCCGUGGACUCGAAGGCGUUGGAGCUUAUUCCGCCGUUACAGGAACUGAAGGGCAUACGCAUGAUGGAGUCCAUCAUGAAGGAUGGCGGUUUCAACCAGGAGAAGAAAGAGGAACAGGGCCCCACUGCAGAAGAGCGGACGGGCAUAGAUAUGAUGGAGAAGAUCAUGAGAGGAUUCAAAGUAGCGCAAUAG